AUGUAUCCUUAUCUGACCCCGAUAUACAAUCCUAUUUCCCGCCAUUGUCAUUCAUUCUUCUCCUUACUACAUUCCACAUCUUUUCCCUUUCUGUUCCUCUUUUCCUUCUUCGUCUCUCUCGUCUUCUUCCUCUUCUCCUUCUUCCUCCUCUUUUCGCUUCCCCAUUCUCCUUUCUAUCUUCCACAUCUUUUCCCCUUUCUUCCUCUUUUUUCCUUCUUCGUCUCUCGUCUUCUUCCUCUUCUCCUUCUUCCUCCUCUUUUCCCUUCCCCAUUCUCCUUUCUAUCUUCCACAUCUUUUCCCUUUCUCUUCCUCUUUUCCUUCUUCGUCUCUCUCGUCUUCUUCCUCUUCUCCUUCUUCCUCCUCUUUUCGCUUCCCCAUUCUCCUUUCUAUCUUCCACAUCUUUUCCCUUUCUCUUCCUCUUUUCCUUCUUCGUCUCUCUCGUCUUCUUCCUCUUCUCCUUCUUCCUCCUCUUUUCGCUUCCCCAUUCUCCUUUCUAUCUUCCACAUCUUUCCCUUUCUCUUCCUCUUUUCCUUCUUCGUCUCUCUCGUCUUCUUCCUCUUCUCCUUCUUCCUCCUCUUUUCCUUCCCCCAUUCUCCUUUCUAUCUUCCACAUCUUUUCCCUUUCUCUUCCUCUUUUCCUUCUUCGUCUCUCUCGUCUUCUUCCUCUUCUCCUUCUUCCUCCUCUUCUCCUUCUUCCUCCUCUUUUCGCUUCCCCAUUCUCCUUUCUAUCUUCCACAUCUUUUCCCUUUCUCUUCCUCUUUUCUUUCUUCGUCUCUUUCGUCUUCUUUUUCCUUCCUUGCUUUCUCUUUUGAAUUCUGUUUCAUUUCAACCGCCAUAUUCAAUAUCUAGUAAUAAUACUCUGCGACAAACCAGUUCCAUCAUUUCUUCACACCAGCACAGAAAAGAAACGAGGACAACAUUUACGUCAUAA